ACAGCAGAGUGCACCAUCCUGGACAGAGGUGCCUGUGAGCCUUACAGGACUUCAGGAUUUUCUCAAAGACACAGCUACAGAGCAGACAACAUACACCAUGGGAUCCCCUUCAGUCUCUACCCACAGAGGACUUGUCCACUGGCAAGGGCUCCUGCUGGUUGUCUCACUAUUAAACUUCUGGUGCCUGCCCGCCACCGCACAAUUUGCUAUUGUGUCGACCAAUGUUGCUGAAGGGAAGGAUGUGCUUCUACGUCUCCGCAAUACACCUCCUGAUGUUAUAAGCUUCUUAUGGUACAGGGGGGAAGGAGCAAAAUCCAAUCGUAAAAUUGCAUCUGUCUCAGUACCCCUAAGAGCAUUUGCAAAGGGGCCUUUAUACACUGGACGAGAGAUAAUAUACACACAGGGACCCGUGCUAUUAAAGGAGGUCACCAUGGAGGAUGCAGGCAUCUACACCGUAGUGGCCCACCUUCGAAAUUCAAAAAAAGAAAUAGGAUUUGGAUGGCUUAAUGUAUACCAGCCUGUGAGAAGGCCCACCCUCCAAGCCAACAGCACCACAGUCACAGAGAAUAAGGACUCCGUGGUCUUGACCUGCAACACAAAUGCGGUUUCCACUGAGUGGUUGUUCUAUGGCAUGAAUCUGCAGCUUUCGGAGAGAAAGAAGCUGUCUGAGGACCGCAGAAGCCUCACCAUAGACCCUGUCAAGAGGGAAGAUGCUGGUUAUUACCAGUGUGAAGCCUCCAACCCCAUCAGUUCUGCUGAAAGUUGGCCCCUUGAGCUGCAUGUGCAACAUGAGUGACCCUUCUCCCCUCUUCUUUGUGCUCAAACUCUAAAUAAAG